CCUCUGGUGGCCUACGUUUCCUGGGACGUGCUCUAAUAUUCAACAGGAAUUCGCUUUUUAAAGGAAAUUUAUAUUUUCUAUUCGUUUCACCAUCUCCAAUCCUAAAAAACGCCCCAUCUGUACAUUCAAAUUUUUUCCCGUUAUUGCUCUGAUAGUAUCUCUCACCUUUCUUUCUCUUCGCACUGCUGUACAGCGUUUACCCAUUUCUUCAAUUUCAAACGCCCACUGCAAAUAACCAUCGAAAUUGAAGUAGUAAGGGAAUCUGCAAGCGAAUCUUUUGGAUUACAUCAAUGGCGGAUCCCGAGCACAUCGAUCUCGAAGUCAAGGGCCUCAGUCUUAUCGACGACGCAUCGGAGAAUGACGAUUUCGUCUUCACAUUGUCCCCUUCCCCGCUCAAGCCGACUGGUAAAAUGGAUGUUCAAGAACAAAGGGAUAUGGAUGAUAAAGGUAACCUGCUUGACAUAUUGACUGAAGUACAUGUAUCAAUGGAACCAGAAAGAAUCAAAAGGAAAGGAAAGUUUAACUUACGCCAGAGCUUAGCAUGGGAUACUGCUUUCUUUACAGAUGCAGGCGUUCUGGAUGCAGAUGAGUUAUCUACCAUAGUCAAGGGAGCUGAAAAAAACUUACUGCCUAUGAUUGAUGAGGAUGUUAGUAGAUCCACAGAUACAAUAACGACGUUUGAAAGCGAUAAUGUGCCGCUAGAACACCUUGAGGCUGAGUUGUUUGUUGACAUUAGAGCAUCAAUACAGAGAUCCAACAAUAAAGUCUCUGAUGCCACGAUCCAAGUCAGGAAAGAAACAUCUUCUGAUGCAGAUUCUGCUUCAAAGAAGACAGGCACCACUUUAAGAAAUAUGCCAAAGCCUAAACUUCCUCCAAGUAGAACCAAUGGGGCACAAGCGCUAGGAAUGCCAAAAGGUCAGCAGAAACCCACCGAGGGAAUACAAGGCUACAGGAAAGGUGUAAAACCAGACAUUACACGUGCUACAAAGUCCAUCACUAAAUCUGGGGACUCGACUUCAUCGCUUGCUAAGCUACCAAAAUUUAUGGGUAAAGCCAAUCCCAUUCCAGCAACUAUGGUGAAAAGAGCUUCUCUGAGUGCUAAUCAAAAUAAAAUUGAUAAUGACAAAACAAAAACCAAUACUGUUACUGGUAAAGGAGUGCAGACAUCAAGAGUAUUUGACUCUACUAAUGCCUGCAAGGUGUUACCAAGACCUACAUUGCUUUCCAAGUCAUCAUCUAUGAGAAUUUCAGGUGCAACAAAGAUGCAAUCCUCAAGAACUUCAACUGAUAGUACUACUGGAAGUACUUUGUCUGACAAGGGAGGAAAACCUGUUUUACCUGUGGCAAGAAGAAAGAUUGUUACUAAACAACCCGUUAGUCAACCUUCCACUGGAUCAACACAUAAAACUCCUUCAAAAACACCAUUGAAGAAUCAUAAAGUGUCAAGUGGAAAUUCCACAAUUUCGAAUUAUCUUAUUUCUUCUAAGAUCAAUAAUUCAAACAUAUCUCCUGCCAGUUCUAUAAGUGAAUGGUCAUCCGUGUCUGCAGCAUCAUCAUCCUGCUCUAACAUCAAUGGCUGGUCAAAUAAGUCAAGGGUUAGUUUUGAUACCAGUUCAUGUAGAUCAUUGGAGAGUGUUGUGACUAGUUUGGACAACGCUAAUUGGUAUAGUAGUCAGAACUCGGAAGUACCAAACCAAGGAACAACUUCACCUAGAGAAAAUGACAGGAAAGCUUCUUCGACAAAUCCACUAACCAGACCAUCGGGCCUACGGAAGCCAUCCCCAAAAAUUGGAUUCUUUGAUGGGGGGAAGUCGGUGCGCACACCAAAUGGAACUACCAAACAGAGCACAGCAAUGCCCAAAAUUGGGGCCGCAACUACUCUCUGCAGUCCAAGUGGGAUGUCAGAUGUGAAAUCCAAGGUCAUAUUGUUGAAUGCCGCCGACGAUCCAACAGAUAAGCAAUGCUUUCCUAGCUUUGCUCCAGAAGCUCAUAAUUAUGACAAUAAGUCGAAUGAAGCAACAGAACAUGUGGAUUCUGUUUUAUUGGAUACAGUUAAUUAUAAUCAUGCUGGUGGAGACCAAGGCACUCUAAAGAGUGAAGUGUGUCGAAAUGGGAGUGAGAAAGCCAAGUUGAAAUCAACAGAACAUGUGCAAUCUAUUUUAUUGGAUACAGUUAAUAAUAAUCAUGCUGGUGGAGACCAAGGCACUCCAAAGAAUGAAGUGUGUAGAAAUGGGAGUGAGAAAGCCAACUUGAAAUCAAUAGAACAUGUGGAUUCUGUUUUAUUGGAUAUAGUUAAUAAUGAUCAUGCUGGUGGAGACCAAGGCACUCCAAAGAAUGAAGUGUGUAGAAAUGGGCGUGAGAAAGCCAACUUGAAAUCAACGAUAUCUGUGCUUGAAGCUAGCAGGACACCAUUUGCUGACAGGAAUUACUCUAGUGGGAAUGUCGAUUUGCUUGAUUUGUCUAUGGAAGCAGUUGUUCGGGGUGGUGGUUGGGAAGGGGAUAAUUAUGUCCCUCCUGAAAUUGAUUGCAGAGAAAACAUCACUUCAUAAAUCAUUUGGGAGUUCUCCCCCAUCCCCACUGGUUUCAAGUUAGUGUAGUUUUUUCUCCUAUUUGUUCACAUGUGUACUAUGUUAGAGAGGAAGAGAGAUGAGCGCAAGUACUGUUACAAAUGCAAUUCUGUGUUUUUUAAUUCUAUUGUGCUUGCUCUAAUAUUCAAAGGACCGAAUGAUCCCACAAGCCAGAAUUUAACGGCUAGGUAAACCGCUAGUUGCGGGUGAGUUGAAGUAGCAAUGACGCAUGAGAACUUUUUGUUUCGGGAUUCAAACAA